AUGACACUGGAAAGACUUCCUGGCUGGCUGAAUGCUGUGACCUAUGGGCUCCUGCUUCUCUUCCUACAUGUGCAAGGCCAGGACUCAGCCAGCCCCAUCAGGAACACACACUCAGGCCAGGUUAGAGGAAGCCUCCUCCAUGUGAAGGGCACCACAGCUGGUGUCCACACAUUCCUGGGAAUUCCCUUUGCCAAGCCACCUGUAGGACCUCUGCGCUUUGCACCUCCUGAGGCCCCUGAGCCAUGGAGUGGUGUGAGAGAUGGGACCACCUACCCAGCCAUGUGUCUACAAAAUGAUGAUAUGAUGAAUUCAGAGGGUCUGAAGAUGCUGAAACUCAUCAGGUCUCCCAUCUCUAUGUCUGAGGACUGCUUGUAUCUGAACAUCUAUACACCAACCCAUGCCCAUGAAGGCUCUAACCUGCCUGUGAUGGUGUGGAUCCAUGGUGGUGCUCUGGUUAUAGGCGCAGCUUCCAUGUAUGAUGGAUCCAUGCUGUCAGCCAUUGAGGAUGUAGUGGUGGUCACUAUCCAGUACCGUCUAGGUGUCCUGGGCUUCUUCAGCACUGGAGACCAGCACGCCAGAGGCAACUGGGGCUACCUGGACCAAGUGGCUGCCCUACGCUGGGUCCAGCAGAAUAUCGCCCACUUUGGAGGCAACCCUGACCAGGUCACUAUUUUUGGCGAGUCAGCAGGUGGUGCAAGUGUGUCUUCACAUGUUGUGUCCCCCAUGUCCAAAGGACUCUUCCAUGGUGCCAUCAUGGAGAGUGGAGUGGUCGUGUUGCCUGAUCUCAUCUCCAACUCCUCUGAGGAUGUUUACACAAUUGUGGCCAAUCUAUCUGAUUGUGGAGCUGUGGACACAGAGGCCCUGGUGCGCUGCCUACGAAGCAAGAGUGAAGCAGAGAUUCUGGCUAUUAAUAAGGUCUUCAAGGUCAUCUCUGCUGUGGUAGAUGGGGAGUUCUUUCCCAAGCACCCUGAGGAGCUGUUGGCCUCUGCUGAUUUUCACCCUGUCCCCAGCAUCAUUGGUGUCAACAAUGAUGAGUAUGGCUGGCUUCUCCCUAUGACCACAGGCUCUGCUCAGAAAAUAAAGGAAAUAACCAGAAAGACCCUGCCUGCUGUUCUGAAGAGCACAGCAGCACAGAUGAAGCUGCCUCCUGAGUGUAGUGACCUGAUAAUGGAAGAGUACAUGGGGGACACUGAAGAUGCCCAGACCCUCCAAAUACAGUUCACAGAGAUGAUGGGGGACUUCUUGUUUGUGAUCCCUGCACUCCAAGUAGCACAUUUUCAGCGUUCCCAUGCUCCUGUCUACUUCUAUGAGUUCCAACAUCCACCCAGCUUCUUCAAGGAUAUCAGGCCACCAUAUGUGAAGGCUGACCAUACUGAUGAGGUUACUUUUGUCUUUGGGUCCUUCUUCUGGGGAGUGAAAUUUGACCUCACUGAGGAGGAAGAGCUACUGAACAGGAGGAUGAUGAAGUACUGGGCCAACUUUGCAAGACAUAGGAACCCCAACAGUGAGGGUCUACCCUACUGGCCCAUGUUGGACCAUGAUGAGCAGUACCUGCAGCUGGACAUCAAGCCUGCUGUGGGCCGAGCCCUGAAGGCCAGAAGGCUGCAGUUUUGGACCAAGAUUCUGCCCCAGAAGAUCCAGGAGAUACAGGGGGCUCAGGAGAAGCACAAAGAGUUUUAG